CUAGACCAGUGGUGUGAGUACUCAUAUCUGCUCCCUCUUAAUAAAACCUAGCGCAAGAUGAAUCUGAAUAGGGAUACGCUAAUCCAUCUGUUCGCAGGCGGAGAUCGACUAGAAAUCCAAGAGGAUCACACUCUUAACUUCACUCGCUGAGCAUUCUACUUCCAGCUCUCCAGUAAAAGCUGUGGCAGAAGUAAUCAACAGUGUUUCAGGAUGGACUAAUUGAAUUUCAACUAUUCUGUCAUCAAUCCUGGUCAGAUGCUCAGCAGAACGGUCCAUCAGUAGGCUGCGAUGCUUGAAGACCUACCUCCGCACAACAAUGGGACAAGUGCGGUGGAACAAUGGGUGCAGUUGCCACUUGCCCGCUUGAGGUGGUCAAAACCCGGCUACAGUCCUCGUCGUAUGGAUAUAUGAGUGGCGCCCUUCCUCCCCCAGCAGCACGGCAAGGGGGAUCUACUACAUGCCCCACACUGCCUCACCAGCAUCGUGGUUGCAGCACACGCAGACUUUGCACUAGUGCUCUGAGAUCUGGCACACAAGUUGUGCAUCUUUCACAGCAGCUUCCUAAUCCUCCUGGCCAGCGAAGUACGGUGUCCAUCUUACAUUGUCUUAAGUACAUUGUUGAAGUUGAGGGUCCACGAGCAUUAUUUCGGGGACUUGGUCCCAACCUUGUAGGGGUUGCUCCCUCCCGUGCUAUAUAUUUCUGCUCUUACUCUCAGAUGAAGAAAAUCCUUAAUAACCACUUAAACAAACCCGAAUCUCCCAUUGUUCACAUCAUGUCAGCAUCUUGGGCCGGCUUCACGGCUUGCACGGCCACUAAUCCAAUUUGGUUUAUCAAAACUCGUCUUCAAUUGGACUACAGUGUGUAUGGUCAUAAUGCUUCUGCGAUCCAGUGUAUACGCCGAACUUACCGACAACAGGGCAUUGGUGGGUUCUACCGGGGGAUCACAGCAUCAUACUAUGGCAUCUCAGAAACGGUCAUCCACUUUGUAAUAUAUGAAGCCAUCAAAGCGAAGCUUAUUUCUGAUAGGCAAGGCAAUCCCAAUAAUCGAUCAACUCGGGAUUUCCUGGAGUUUAUGCUUGCUGGUGCCACAUCAAAAACCAUAGCAUCUUCAAUCUGCUACCCUCAUGAAGUAGCAAGAACGCGGAUGAGAGAAGAAGGCCGCAAGUAUCGAGGGUUUUGGCAAACUCUUGGAUUAGUACUGCGUGAGGAAGGAUGGGGCGGUCUUUACCGAGGUCUAGCAACACAACUUGUACGACAGAUUCCCAAUACUGCUAUUAUGAUGGCUACAUAUGAGGGUGUUGUCUAUGUCCUCACAAGGCACUUUGGUGAACAUGACAGUGAAUUUUACGAAGAUGAUGGUUAUGAGGAUGACAUGGACGAUAACUCGGCAGAGUAGCAUUGCAUAUUCAACUAUUCUGUUUUGUGCUGACCUGCUGAUAAUGACUUAAAACAAAAAAAAAGAAGAAAAAAGUUAAACUGAAGUAUAUGAUAUACUGUAUAGCAUGGUAUCUUUGGAGGUUUUUAGCUAAAUUUAAUAUAGUUUCAAUGCAGUGCUGAUGAAUGGUUUUGUCCAUAAUGUGGAGUCUGAGUAGAAUUUACUCCCUGAGAAAAGCAUUCACCACUUAGUAAGUUACUGACCAAUUUUGAAAAAAAAAAUCCAGGCCCAUGUUUGCCUCUGAUUUAUAUGAAACAUAAGUAAAUAUGUGACCUGAACUGCAGCAUCCCCAAUGUUUCUUAGAGUGCAGAUAUUAUACUUCCCACUUCCAGGACUUCAGUUUGUAAAUACACACGUACAUGUGCGCGUUUGCUCUAUUAAGUAACUAGCUGAAUAUAAUUUUAUUCAGAAGUAUUUUGAUGUAUAAAAACCUCCUUUGAGUAAGUGUUCAUUGCUUCAUUUUUUUUUUCAACUCCUCGGCCAUCUCACACUGAGGCAGGGUGACCCAAAAAAGAAACUUUUACCAUCAUUCACAUAAUCACUAUCUUUGCAGAGGCACUCAGAUACAACAGUUUAGAUGUCACUCCAAACUGCCAGUAUCCCAAAUCCCUCAUUUAAAGUGCAGGCAUUGUAUUUUCCGUCUACAUGACCUAAGUCCAAAUAUUUUUUCAGUAAUUUCAGGUAAAGUCCUUUUUUCUUACUCAGCACUGCAUUACAUACGUAAUGAGUGACUUUUAGCACUACUUUCUGUUACUAGUUUAUAGAUGUUAUGUCAUGUGACUAGCUGGUGUAAAGUAAGCAAUGAGAGGGUGAUAGGGUCAUAUCUCACUUGAAUGAGUAGUUAGUUUCCCAGAAAUUAUAAUGCUGGUGAAAGUUUCUUGGUCCAAGGAAUUGAGCUAUCAUACUGUGUGGAUAUAAUUUGGUUGUCUCCCAUUCUCCAGGUGCUUUAUUACCCUUGCAGGUUUAGUGCUAAAUUUCCCCAUAAAUAUACAACUCCAUUUUUUUUUUUCACGUCAGCUGUUUAAUGAGAUUAUUUGGUAAUGCUGGAAGCGGGUGGUUAAUGAUAAACUUUUCUUCGGAGGCUUCUUUGUUUAUUGAAAAGUGUCGUGGUGGGUACACAGGCUUGUGUGUUGUGCCCAUGGCCCGGGCAGGGCCAUCCCACGAGAGAGAGCUAGGAGUAAGGCCUUGUGUCUUCCUGCUAGGCUUCUGUGUGAGUGAGAGCGAGGCAAGGGCAGGCAGGCUGGCUUGCCCACCGAGAGGCUUGGUUGUUCUUCCAGUGCUUCAAAUUUGGAGGAUGGGGCCAGUUCCACCCCAUCUUCUUCAAUAGCUUCUACUGGUAUAGGUGGAGGGGAAGAUGUGUGUAUGCACAUUUUUAAAGACUUCAAUAUUAACAACUGAACCUUCUAACUGGUUAGAAGAUUCCUGUUCCAUCUUGACACCAACCAGAUACUUCAACUGAAGAGAGUAGAAUCAGCGAUGGUGGUACUGGUAGUAAGACUGCUUAUAAUGCUCACUCACACUCCACAAUCUGUUGUUGUUGAUGAUGAUGAUGUGGUUAAGGGAGGUAUGUAUCACCAUUUAUAAAAAGGGAUUAUUUGGUGUUCUGGUAGCGGGGAGUCAAUGAUAGAUCUUCUUCGGAGGCUUCUUACUUUAUUGUUAAGUCGUGGUGGGUACACAGGCUUGUGUGUUGUGCCCAUGGCCCGGGCAGGGCCAUCCCACGAGAGAGAGCUAGGGGUAGGCCUUGUGUCUUGCUGCCAGGCCGCUGUGAGAGUGAGGCAAGGGCAGGCAGGCUGAAGUGGCAACACCUAUAGGUGGCAGCACCAGCAUGGCGUGAAAUAUGAACUAAGCUGGCAGACAGCAUGGGCUGUCUGUGCAGACAGUACAGGCUGUCUACAUAGGCUCGGCCACCUACCGGUACAUGCUGUACACUAACAUGUGAGAACACUGACUGAGAGGAAUUAAUUAGCACACGACAUAUAUCUUCUCUCAAUCUUCUCGACAAUACUGAAACAAUUACAAGAAACACUCGAUGUGACAUCAUGUGAUGUCUCGAGGUGACGUCAGGCAGACAUCGUGAGGUCAUGAAGUCGGCAGCAGCAUCGGUGAAGUCGGGCAGCAUCGUCGGUGACGUCAAUGUGAUGCGGGCAGCAGACCACAGCACGUGGCCUGGGACAUCUGGUAACUCACGUGGUUUGUAGAUCCACGUGAUGUCGUGAUCCACGUGGCGUCGUGAUCUACGUGGCAUGCUGAUCCAUGUGGCCUCGGGGACUUGGAUACAGAGUUCUGGCAAUGAAUCACACGAAAAACAGCAGAAAACACAGCAGAGGGAGUGAGUAGUGGUGAGUGGUGUAUGGUAGUGUGGUGGCGAGGAGCGUGGGUGAGUGUAUGGUGAGGGAGCAUCUGGCCAUUCCUCCUCCUCCCACCCACAAACACAGGGAAACACACUGGACGCAGAAAUCACCAUGAAACUCACCUCUGGCUUGCUGAAACAGCUGUGCUGAGCUGAACAACAACAGCAACAUACAAGUGACGCUGAACACGUGACUUGAGAAACAGCGUUGGACUCUGUAGCGUGGGGUCACGCUCGAAGAAAUUCGGUAAAUUUCGGCUGGAUCCUGCUUGUACCUGUGUCUGGAUGCUCAAACGUGCAGACACGACAUCAGGAUAACUCGUUGAGAGACGGAUGCUUCUUGUAUAGGGUGAUGAAGUGAAGAACUUCAUUCCUUCCUUCCUCUCUCUGGGCAAACACACUGCUGCGACCACCGCUUUCCACCAUUUAUAAAAAGAGAUUAUUUGGUGUUCUGGUAGCGGGGAGUCAAUGAUAGAUUUUCUUCGGAGGCUUCUUACUUUAUUGUUAAGUCGUGGUGGGUACACAGGCUUGUGUGUUGUGCCCAUGGUCCGGGCAGGGCCAUCCCAUGAGAGAGAGCUAGGGGUAGGCCUUGUGUCUUGCUGCCAGGCAGCUGUGAGAGUGAGGCAAGGGCAGGCAGGCUGAAGUGGCAACGCCUAUAGGUGGCAGCACCAGCAUGGCGUGAAAUAUGAACUAAGCUGGCAGACAGCAUGGGCUGUCUGUGCAGACAGUACAGGCUGUCUACACAGCCGUCUCUCACUACGUCUGUUAACCAGGUGAAAAAGUACAUUUAAUAUCCAUGCCUUUAUUUCCUAAGGAGACCUGGAGAUGGAGAAAUAGUGUUGCACUCUGAAGGAGGGAUGGGGAUAUUUGCAGUUUGGGGGAGGAUCUUAACUAUGGGAUCGGUACAUCUCUGGCAUGACAGUGAUGGAUUGAAUGAUGGUGUAUUUUUUUUUUUUCUUUUUUUUUGGUCACCUUACCUUGGUAGAAUAUGACCAGUGUGUAAAAAAAAAAAAAAAAGUAAUGUGACUAAUGUAACAGUAAUCUAAAUUAUGUACAUGUUUAAGAAAAUGGUGGUGAAUGCUUCCCCAGUGUUUUGAUUUUGAUAUUUUAGAUAUAAUCGGAUUAAUGUUUUGUGGUUUCGUUUUUUCUAUUCUCAUUCUCAGCAAAUUAAUGCCGUAGCACAGAUUCUGCACAUCAGUGCUCAAUACCGGUAAUAACUUUGUAAUUUGUUUUCCAUGUAUUAUUACAGGUUCACAGAAUGAUCCUUGACUUGUAUAUUUUUCAUGUCUUCCAGUAAUUUUUUUAUUUCUUUUUUUGUACUUUUUGCCAAGCCAAUUAAGGUGCUUAAAAGUUGUUCCUAUGACAAUGGUUGGAUUUACAGUGAUAUUUUCUUGUAAUGUCCUCCUCUGAAUAUACGUACCAGUUUUUUCUUAGUAGCUGAAUGUAAUCUGGUAGCCGAGGAUAAUCUGUAGGUACUUUUGUGGUUUACCUUUGAUAGAGUACCUAAUUAUAGUUUCAUUAUGUGACUAUAAUAAAUAAAAUAAAAAAUUUCUUCUGUAAUAUGUAGCACUGUAUAUUUUUCCCAGGAAACAUUCAGUGAAAAUUUACCGGUAGCUGUACAAAUUAGACAUUUAAAUUUUUAUAUCAUACCCAAUGUAAUAAUUCAGUUAUUGAGAGUUCAGUUAAAAAUGCCUUGUGAUACUGAAUACAAGUUUUAUUAAUUGUUAUUACAGCCAGGCUUUUCCAGCACCUUGUAAGCUCUUCCACAUAACCUGUUUGACUGUGGAUGAUAAGUAGUCACCAGUAAGAACUUUCUGGGCAGAGUGAUUAUAAAGUUAUUUCUAGAUUUGUUGUAGUAAUAUAGAAAUUAUAUGCUUGGCAGAUUAUACCUGUUGGUAAAAUAUUAAUAAUAUACUUGAAUUAUUGGGCUUAUUAGUCACAAGACAGACUAUAACAGUUGCUUAAAAUCCCAGUAGUUAUAAAAGGCUCUUAGACUAUGAAGCUUACACUUACCUAGGAGGGUACCACUUCAGAUAGAACAAGGCACAAUUUAGAUGUUGCCAUUUGCUUGCAAGCUAACUUUCGCUGGUGACAAGUAAGCAAUCUUGUUACAUAGAUGCAGUGUACCAUAUAUUACUGGCCAUAGACCUAGAAUAAGACUGGGAAGGAGGGGGAGAGGUGAUACUUUUGCUACAGUAAGAUUUUUAACAUAACUUCAGGUAAAAGUUGGGUAUACUUUCUCACAGAUGGGAGAAAGUCAGGUUUUCUUCUUCAGCAGUCAUCACGUGUGUUGUUUUCGUAUCACAAUGGGAGUCACAAGUCUAGAUAGAAGGAACUAAAUAAGCCAUUUUUGUACUCCCCCAAUGAAAAUGAGCUAGUCAUUGCUGUACCUACAUCAGAAUGCAUUUUUUUUUUUUUUGUAAAUUUUGUGAUAAGUAAUAAUGUUUGUGAGGUAGGACUCUCGUGGCAGCUUGUACACAUCGCUACACUCUUCCUCCCUUUAUGGGUGCACCCAAGAUGUGUGUACAGCUAGUCUCUGCUGUACCAGAAUUUGUUUUAAUAGUACCUGUGGUGUGUCAAUUUAAAUAUUGCAUUAAUCAUGGUGAAUGUAAAUUAAGGUUCUAGUACCACAGCUUAGAGGACAGUCAUAAAUUUUAGCAAAAUACUGUAACAGUUAUCAGUCUUGUCUGGUACCCUGUGUAAAUAAACAGUAUUGCAGAUUUUUUUUUUAAUUGAAUUAAAAAAUUUUUAACAUUAAUUUCAUUUGAAAAAGGAUACUGCAAGUCAGUCUCAAGGCACUUAGCAAGCUUUAUAAAGUGAGUAAAACCAGUCCAAAGAUUCAGUUGGACUUGUCACACCACCUCCAAUGGCCCUGGGGGGGGAAGGGGAUGCAUUGCAACCCAUCACUAACAACACUUGAUAACAUGCAAAGGUUUCUUUAUUUUUUUUUUUUUUUAAAGGGGUAUUAUUACUAGGCCUAUUUAGUAAAUAACCUCUAUUAAUGGCCAAUAAUAUAUGACUAAUCUAUUUUGUGCCUUUGGUGAAAAACAAGAAGUUUAAAAUACAGAAUGUAAUAUCAGAUAAGGUAACAAAAAAAGGCACAAUACCGUGACUGGAAUGAUAUAUUGGUUGCUUUUGGCUACUUUGUAUAAAUGUUAUUUUUUUACACCGAAAUUUAUUCAAGUGAUCUCGAUUUUCUGUUCUUAGUAGAUCUGUUUAUGGCAAUGACCAAAAUACGUGUUAUAAUGAUUUUAGUUGGUACUAUUCAGAUUAUGAUUUUGUAGUGAAUGUUAUUUCAUUGCAUAAAAUCUAUUUGCAGUGCCAUUUGAAGAUAAACUAAAAUAUUGGUUAAUCCUAUGCAGUACUGCCAAACAAUUUAGUUACUGUGUUAAUCUGAUAUAGAUUAUUUUUCAUAGAAGUACAGUAGCAUGUUUAGUUGAAAGAAAAAUAGAUUUGCUACUCAUUAUUUAUGCGCUAUAUUCUUUGUCUAGUCGCACACAUUCAGAGAUGUGGCUGUGAAUGUUACAAUUGGUUUAGACAUCUUUGGAAAAUGAGGUGUCUGGAGCAAUUAAGAGAAUUUCAGUUUAGUAAAGACCAAUUACUGAUCCACAGGUAUUUUGAAAAUUAAUAAUGUCAAUUUGCUGAAUUAUCUGUUUUAUCCUGAGUGUAUUUAAAUAAUGCUUUAUACUUUUGGAACAGUAGUUUGUUUUUAGUGAAUUUGAUUGUACAGUAAUAUGCAUUUCUCGGGUUGUGACAAAUUUCCAAAAAACAUUUGUGAAUGAGAACUUUAUAAAAGUUCCAUGAUAAUAUUACGUUAAUAAUGAUCAAUAUUUAUUUGCAUACUGUCUUGACACAAGUUAUGUCAUUUGUGGAAAUUGAAAGUGUUUUAUGAAUGUACAGUGAAACCUCCAUUUAACAAAUUUCGUAUUUAACACAGAAAAGCUGUAGCUGAGCAAAUUAUUCAAUCCAGAAUUGCAGUUAUGAUUAUGGGAAAAAGUCUUGUCAUUCAUAUUCAACGAACAUCCCCUGCCCCACCCUGUUCCCCAUCCAAUAGUCUGUUAAAUUGAGGAUUCACUAUAUUUUCAUUAGUCAACUUAUACAGAGGAUGAAAGUGAUGUGUGGGGGGGAUUGGGGGUAUGGGUUAGAGGCUUCAACUCUAUUUUCUUUUGGUAUAUAGCUGUAUUAUGGUUUAAACUGGCUGUGACUCCUUUUGAUGAUUAACACAAGGAGAGAUCAGACUAGUAAUGGAUGAAUGUAUUUUUUUUUUUUUGUGUCAAGGUUCCUCAAUUCAUCACUUUGUUUGCUCAACAAUACCUGUUUAGUUAUGAUUCCAAACUAGUUUAGGUGUUAUUUAUUACCCGUGCCUGCCUGUAGGCGAGGGUGAGUUUUAUCAAGUGUGACUUAUAGUCAAUUUAAAUAGUGAAUUCUAUGGAUGUUUACAUUAAUUCACUCAUUUUUCACUUGCAUUCAGCUGCCCUUCAUAAGUCAUAGUAGCUCCUUUAAUAGUGGCCAGAGUGGCCCAGGUUGGACUUAGGAAUUCAAUUAAAAAACUUCAAGUCCUUAAGGGCACCAAUGGUUUAACUGCUGUAAAAUGAAGUGAAGUCUACUAUCUGCACUAGUCGGUGACAAGCAGUUGAAAGUAGAUUAGUGAACCACUUUGUGAACCAUAGCUGUAUGACCCAUUCAGGAGUAGCUCAUGGUUUUGAAUAAUAAAAUUAAUUUCCAGAUGAAAUAUUUCCUCAGCUUUGUACAUGACAGUACUGAAGUUGUGGUGGGAGGAAACCCACUUUAUAUGAAUGCCUCUGUUAGUGACAGUUGCAACACCUUCCACCUGUAAUGGAGCUCUACCUACUCAUGGAAAUGUUCACAUAAUUCAGUUGUGGUUAGACAGGACUGAGUAGUUCUGCUGUAGUUACUCUGCAGGUCUUGACUUAAUUAACAUUGGGUUUCAUUAGAUUAUUUCAGCUUUUAAGGAUGCUCCUAGUAUUUUGAGAAUUUAGCAUUGAUUAUAUAAGGUCCUUGCAUGUGUCAACAUGAUGACAAAAAUGGUAAUAUUUAUGGCUGUUUUCUUACAUUUGCACAGAGCCAAAUCCUGUUGUCUUUUUAUAAAAUCAUUGUAUUAAUUUUGAAUGGUUAAAUUUUAAGUGAAAUUUUGUAUAAUUUGAAAAGUUCUAAUGCAGACUCCAUACUUUCUUACAACUUGAAUAAUCUUGCACUUUUUCAUGUAUUUCAGAAAGAAAAGUUUAGUGUUGUGGAAUAUUUUGGUUAUAGAAUUAUGGUAAAGUGAAAGUCCACAAAAGUACUCAUAUAAUUUGAAAACAUGGUCAUCACAUAUUGCAGAUUAAUAAGAAUUUUUAUUUCUUGAUUCAGGCAUAUGGUUAACAUAGUGCUUACACAAUUGGUGCCAAAAUACAUCUUAAAUUUGAAGGAAUAAUGCUUGAAAUGUGUGUUCAUGUGGUUGAUUUCUGGCAUAAGACAACCAUAGUGAAAUAAUGUUUUCAUUAUAGCCUACUUUAGUGAUAUAAUUUUUUUCCAUCUUUAUAAAGGUUAGUUAUCAUUUGUCUCAAUAUAUUCACGUUUCUUUUAUGUAAAUUAGCUCAUCCCUAAGUGGUAUAAGAAUCAAUGUUGAGGCUGUAUUGCACAUAGUGCUGGCCUCAAAACAGUCUUGAUAUGCUGUUUAAAGGAAAAAUCUGUGCAUUUGAACACCAAAAUCUUCAUGUACAGAAUGGUACUGCAAUAUUUUAAAGGUCAGGUAGAGUUUUCACAUUUUAACAGUAACAGGUGGCUGAAAGCUGAAUAUACAGUAGGUCAAGCUAUGUAAACUACUGUACUUGCACAAUAUUCACAAAGUCUGUGGACAUUUGAAAUUAAGUGAAGAUUUGUACCUGAAAUUGGGAUGCAUUUUCUUUCAGAUAAACUCAUGUUAUGCAUAUGUGUGUAUAUAGGUGUUUAUAUAUUUGUUGACAUUGUAGCUUUGUAAAUAUAUUGUAUAAUAGAGAA